CGAUGGUAUCGUCCCCUGUGUCGUCACGUCUGGGGGAUAACGCUCGUCAUCGUUCUGUUCAUAGCACAUAGUGCGUCGUCAGACGAAGGCGGCUGUCCACAUGGUUGUACAUGCUCCGCCACCAUUAUAGACUGUCGUCAUAGCAACCUGACGUCACUUCCUUCCACACUUCCUCUUGCCGAUACGAUUGAGAGGUUACUUGUUUCGGGCAACCGGAUAAAGCAGAUUGGAGUUGAACUUAAGUCUUACCCAGCACUCGAACGAGUUGAUGUUGCAUCCAAUAACAUCAGUAGCAUCAGCGACGGAGCUUUCAGUGGCAUAGAGAAUCUGGACAAUCUGAUUCUUCGUCGGAAUUAUCUGGUAAAGUUGACGAACGAGACCUUUCAAGGUCUCCGCGCGCUCAAGACCUUGGACUUGGGAUACAAUGUCUUGAAAACCUUACCCAACGGUGCUUUCCGAGACUUGAAAAACUUGCAGCAAUUAGAUUUGAUGAAAAAUAACAUUUCAUUCAUCGAAGACGAUGCUUUUGAUGGCUUGGAGUCUUUGAAAGUUUUGAAUCUAACAAGAAACCUUCUUCAAGUGUAUCCUACAACCGCUCUCUCAAAACUGACAUCCGUUACCCGUCUCGUCUUGGAUGACAACAGGUUGAAGAGCAUACCCAGAUUUGCAUUUGCAGGUCUUCGGAAUCUGAAGUUUUUGAGCUUGAAUGGGAACCAUCUAGCAAGCUUAGAACCAUCAGCGUUUGCCGUGCUGAAGGCAGGUUCUGGAACCUCUUUAGUGGAACUCUCCAUAAAAGGAACAGACUUGAACGAUGUCCCAACUCCAGCGUUUCAAAGUCUUACAAGUCUUGAAAUACUAGACAUCAGUAAAAAUAAAUUCAAAAUUUUCAAGAGGGGGUCUUUUAAUGGGUUGAGAAGUCUUCGGAAACUGACAGUCACAUCCUCUAGAUACUUGACAACCAUUGAAAAUGGAACAUUUGAAUUUAUGUCGAAUUUAACGGAAGUCAUCAUAAGAAACAAUAAAGCUCUUACGGCGAUUGGAGAGAGGGCUUUUCCCACCGGGGGAACUCUUGUGGUUCUUGAUUUAAGUUCCAAUUCCAUUCACACAUUUUAUCGAAACAUGGUUCCAUGGGAUAAAAAUGCGACUGUUGAUAUGAGAAAUAACCAACUGUUCUGUGACUGUAAUAUUGUGUGGAUGUUUACAACUCUGAAGAACGCCAAUAAUCCGAUGACAAAAACAUAUGCGUCAAAUCUUUCCUGCACAGCUCCGGAUUCAUACAGAGGUAAAAAUUUAUUCUCGCUUUCCAAUUCAACCUUCAACUGUGACAUUGCUAAACCUUAUACCCAUGACGUUCUGAGUCGGGUCAAGGUCGCUGCAGUUGCUGCAGGCAUCACAAGCAUUUUACUCAUGUGCUGUGCGCUUUUCAUCAAGUUCCGAAAAAAGAUUUGUAUGGUAGUCAGAAGACAGUAUCGGUACCGCCAGUAUAAAAACAAUGGUUCUCUUUCAGAGAGUAGGCAGAACGGGGAACUCACUGAAGAAGGUACUGCAAUGGAGGUCAUAAGUUCAUAUAAAGAUGACCCUGAAAUUGAAGUUCAAGACAGCGAGUGUCGUAAGUCUAUGUUAAAGUAUGGGAGUUACGAUCAUCUUAGGGUUACGAUCGCGUUGAGGAACGGGGCCCUGAACUAUGUGCUCCAGGCAAACACAGUCCUCUGAGGCGCCGGAAUUUAUUCCGAAGAGUUGCUUCCCUUAGAAGCGCCAGGAUCCAAUGAUCGUGUUUGUAAACUUGCAGUGGGGUGCUUUUGUCACAAUACUUUACCUUUGAGAUUGUUUUACCUUUAAGUUGCUCAAACACUACAUAAAAUCAGUGACGUAUAUCUCGGUGACUGGCGUAGCCAAAGAAUAACACAUUGUA